AUGGCUAGUAGCUUGAAAGAUUGGGUCAAAGCAUUCUAUGUGGUUUUUGCAUUUUGCUCCGUCCUCUGUUUUGGCGCCAUUAAAAGUUUGCUAGUUGGUCCUAUUGCUGCUCUGAUACUGAGUUUAGGGAAUUUAGGGGUUAUUUUUGGCCUUUUCCCUGCACAUGUUGCCUGGACAGUUUUUACCCUUAUCAAAACAAACAGGUUUGAUGCACCUCUAAAAGUUGCAAUAUUGCUAGGAUUGCCUGCCCUUUUCGCCCUCUGGUUAGCUCUUAGCAUAGCUAUUAGUGGUCUUGUUGCAAUUGGAUAUGGUUUCUUCACUCCUUGGGUUUCUUCUUUCGAAGCCUUCCGACUCGAACACGAAUCCAAAUUCUUACAUUGCAUCGUGGAUGGGACAUGGGGGACAAUCAAGGGUAGUUGUACCGUCGUUCGUGAUUUUGCCGACUUAUGUUAUCAUUCGUAUCCGCUCUAUUUAAAGGAGCUUCGCGAAAAUCCCACUUCUAACGAGCUUCAACCUCUUAGGUUUAUUCAUGUGCCUGCAUGCAUAAUCGUCGGCAUUAUAGGCCUAGUUGUCGAAAUUCCUCUAUACGCAGCUAUUGCAAUAGUAAAGAGUCCGUAUAUGUUGUUCAAAGGGUGGCAUAGGCUAUUGCACGAUUUGAUCAGCAGAGAAGGCCCGUUUUUAGAAACCGCUUGCAUUCCGAUUGCUGGUUUGACAAUAAUUAUGUGGCCUCUUAUUGUCGUGGGAAGCAUCUUAAUGGCUAUUUUUACGAGCUUUUUCAUUGGAUUAUAUGGUUCGAUAAUCGUAUAUCAGGAAAGAUCCUUCCGGAGAGGUAUAGCUUAUGUGAUUGCUAUGGUGGCAGAAUUCGACGAGUAUACUAAUGAUUGGCUUUAUCUUCGAGAGGGCACAAUCUUCCCAAAACCAAAAUACAGAAAGAAGCGGCAAUCAAAUUCUGAGCCCUCGGUUGGGAAAAAUCAAUCUUUACACGACAAAUUCAAUUCUGUUUUCACCGAAUCUCCUGCGAUGCUUGUUCCUAGCCUAACAGCAUCGAGGUCUGUUAGGGAAGUUAUAAAAGAGGUCAAAAUGGUGCAGAUAUGGGGGAGCAUGAUGAAGGCGUGCGAAGUGAGAGGAACGGAGUUACUCGAAUCGGGAGUGAUAACACCAGUGGACCUCUCUGAUUGGCUGAAAGCAAAGCAUGCGAACGAUGCAACCAUUGUUGAUGUAGGGUUGCCCUGUUUCUCAUUUUUGCACACUCUUCUCGACUCCAUUAAAGCUGGAUCGAACGGUUUGAUGCUAUUGGACGGUACGGAGGUCAACCAUUUGAACAGACCGCAGGAUAGACUGUUGGACUGGUUUUUCCACCCCGUGAUGGUACUCAAAGACCAGAUUCGAGUUCUCGGGUUGGAAGAAGGUGAGGUAAGGUAUCUCGAGAAGAUGCUGCUUUUUGGAGGUAAUAAGGCGCGUGGCAAUACUUGGGAAAACAGGAGUUUUCCGUUGGAUCCUCUUCGAGCUGCUCAAAUUGAAGGCAUCAGUCGAAGAAUGAUGGGAAUGAAUAGAAGUAUAUCGAAGUUUCCGACUUAUAGAAGGAGAUAUCGGCAAGUAGUGAAGGAUCUGAUUCAUUCUAUAGGCAAAGACGGUGUUACUACCAAAUCGUUAGCAAAGGAGGGUUCGACGAGAUCAACUAAUUCUUCUUCUGCAACAAAGGAAAGUUUCACUAGAUCGAUUUCUUCGAGAUCUAUUGCUUCGAUCGAGAUAGUUUAAGUGAAAGGUUUCAGUUCUUUUUGUACAUUUAGUUUGCAGAAAUUCUCACUCUAGAAAAGCUUGCACAGUUUCUUUUUAUUUUUUUAUUUUUGGAUUGUAAAUAAUAUUGAAUUAGAAGUAUUUGUGAAAUGUGAUGAUUACUAAAGCUGAAUUCCGUUGUUUAUU